AGCUCUGCUUCCGGCCCCUUCUGCCGGGCGGAAGUGGGCGGAGCGAAAAGCGAAAACAGCGCUCUUUUCCGGUGUCUGGGCACAGUUGAAGAAGCCACGAAGGAUCGAGGAGUCGUUUGGGAGGAUGACACGCCACGGCAAGAACUGCACGGCGGGGGCCGUCUACACCUACCACGAGAAGAAGAAGGACACAGCGGCCUCAGGCUACGGGACUCAGAACAUUCGACUGAGCCGGGAUGCUGUCAAGGACUUUGACUGCUGCUGCCUGUCUCUGCAGCCCUGCCACGACCCGGUUGUCACCCCAGACGGCUACCUGUAUGAGCGCGAGGCCAUCCUGGAGUACAUUCUGCACCAGAAGAAGGAGAUCGCCCGGCAGAUGAAGGCCUAUGAGAAGCAGCGGGGUGCCCGACGUGAGGAACAGAAAGAGCUGCAGCGGGCAGCAGCACAGGACCAGGUGCGGGGCUUCCUGGAGAAGGAGGCAGCCAUCGUGAGCCGGCCGCUCAACCCCUUCACGCCCAAGGCCACCUCUGGGAACAGCUCAGAUGACGCCGCAUCCAGGCCCAGCACGGCCCCCACUAGCAAGGACAAGGACAAAGCCCUGCCCAGCUUCUGGAUCCCGUCGCUGACUCCUGAGGCCAAGGCCACCAAGCUGGAGAAGCCGUCCCGGACGGUGACCUGCCCCAUGUCGGGGAAGCCGCUGCGCAUGUCCGACCUCACGCCCGUGCGCUUCACGCCGCUCGACGGCUCGGUGGACCGCGUGGGGCUCAUCACGCGCAGCGAGCGCUACGUGUGCGCCGUGACCCGCGACAGCCUGAGCAACGCCACGCCGUGCGCCGUCCUGCGGCCCUCGGGGGCCGUUGUCACCCUCGAGUGCGUGGAGAAGCUGAUCCGGAAGGACAUGGUGGACCCUGUGAACGGAGAGAAACUCACGGACCGUGACAUCAUCGUGCUGCAGCGGGGCGGCACGGGCUUCGCGGGCUCGGGAGUCAAGCUGCAGGCCGAGAAGUCGCGGCCAGUGAUGCAGGCUUGACGCGGCGCCGGGUCAGCCGGCCUGGGCGCAGCCUACGCAUGCGCCUUCCUCGGUGGGGCCGGCGCUGGGGCGUGUGGAGGAUGAGCCCCUGACUCCGGCAUCGUGCACCCCUGAGCGACCCAGGUCUGAAAGCGCCGGCUGAGAAUGCCUCCUGUAGUCUCACGUUAACAGUAAAAUCUGAAUUGAACGCAGACCCGGAGUGUUAAAGUUGGUAAACGUGCCCGGAAGGCCAAGUCGGAGCUGCGACCACGUGGGGGCUCAGCUUCAAUAGGGUAACUAGAAAGCCCCUCUUUUGAGCUAUCCCAGAGUAAAGCCAGGUGAGUCAGGAACACCCCCUCCCCCACACUGGAGGGGGACAGGAAGAGGAAACCGCCAGUGCAAAGGCCCAGAGGCAGCGCGGGCGAGAGCAGGUGGGAGAGGAGGUCAGAGGCUGGGCCUGCUGGGGUUCGGACUUGACUGGGGGUAGUGGGGCUGCCCUCAGCGCUUUCUUUGUUAAACCCGCGUAGCCGCAGAAGCAGCCUCUGGGCAGUAUGGAAAGCUAGACCUUCCACCAGCAGAAAUCAACAGAAUAAAGACGUCACGUUUCUGCCUCCCUGAGCACCACGGACGUCUCUCCUCCCAGGCCCUCCCCUGUGCUCACAUUCAUUCAGCCAAUGCGCGGUCAGUGCUCUUUCUGCCCACUGAGCAGUCUCCGUCUUUCCACCUCAGUAAAAGGUGUCAUCAGUGACCACAUGUGGUUCCAGGAAGUGCCCUUGACCGCUGUUUGCGCAGGCGGUGUCUGUGGCAGGCGGGCUGGUGUACCUGGCUGCUGAGAAAGGUUUCAACUCAAGGACUGGUGGAGUCAGCCGUGCACCAUGGGGGUCCUCCUCAAGGCCAGUGUUGGCUUUCCUAUUUACAUCUAGAACCUUCCCCAUGUCUCUGAGAGUCUUCGCACCCUACUUUGGAUACAGGCUUGAGAACUGUACUAAAAAACCAGGCACAAAAGGUCACAUUUUUUUAAAUAAUUUAUUUAAGAUUUUACUUAUUUUUGCAUAGAAGAACUGGUGUAUAGGCCAGAGGUGCAGGGGAUGAGAGGAUUCCCCAGAGACAGAGUGGGGAGCAGAACAGGCAGAUCUACUGAAAUACACUGCUGAGGGGAGCAGCAGGGAGACAGGAGAGGUCUGCUGCACCGAGUGGAUCACCUCUCUGGCCGGGGAUGGAACUCGUGCUGCAGUGGCUGCAGAUAGCUUCACAGUGCUGAGACAACCCCUUGUACCACCAGGGAGGCCCCUCAAAAGAUUUUUUUAAAAGCUGAAGAGGUUUGAACCUAUACCCGUAAAUCACAUAUAAACCAAUGUUACAUCAAAACUAAAGCAAAAAAAAAAAAAAAUGGGGGAAAAGACACGGAGGGUGGUGAAGUACUGGGAAGUUUUACAUAGUAAACUGUUCUAGAGUACUAGCAAUUUUUAUCUGAGAGUAUUCUUUUUACUUAAACAAAAAUGGGCAGCUCUCCUGCAUGCCUGGACAUCUAUGCAUGUGUUUACUUUUGUUUAAUAAACUUCCCACAUUCUGAUAUAAUAAAUAAAUGAAAAUAAAACCGCAAAAUGCAAUUUUUUAUCAGGCAGAUCCCCAAAGAUCUACACAUUUACCCAGAGCCUUCGUAAAACAGCGUUCUACCUUAUGCCACUAGGGGGCAGUAUAUUACCACGAGUAAAAUUUUGGAGCCUGAAACAUUUGUAUUUAAAUCCCAACUCUCCCACAGAUCUCAAUGAUAAACUCAAUAAAACAGAAAGCCAUAAUCUAAAGGCACUGAAAAAUGAAAAACAAAGCAGUCUGGAACUAGAGGGGAAUUUACAGGCAGUGGAUGAGUUUCAUUUGUACAGCUUUUUGUCUGAUGGGUUCUAAUCCAUCCCAAGAUGGGCAAUUUAAACACCAGGAGAAAAUCCAUAGUCCUGGCAUGAAGAACCGCAGCAACAAGAAAGGGCGGUAUAAAUUCUGCAAAAGAGAACUAGAGAGGAAGUACUUCGGAACUUUAUAUAACUGCUCAACUAUCUAGCUGACUCUGAACUCGACCCUCAUGGGGUACAUUUUUUUUUUUUAAGAAUUAUUUAUGCAUACAAGAACUGGGGUACAGGCCAGAGGUGUAGAGGGUGAGAGGAUUCACCAGAGACAGAGUGGGGAACAGAACCGGCAGGUUGAUUGAAAUACACUGCUGAGAGGAGCAGCGGGCCAGUCAGGAGAGGUCUGUUGCACCAUAUGUGUUGCACCUCCCUGGCCAGGGAUCAAACUCAUGCUGCAGUGGCUGCGGACAACUUAAUAGGUUACCUCUUGAUCCGUUGUGCCACCAGAGAGGCCCUCAUGGGGUACAUUCUAAGAAGCCCAACUAAACCUAAGAAAAAUGAGCUGGAAUUUGAAUUGCAAAUUUCACAGGACAGGGCCUCCAGGUGGCCUAGGGUUAAAGACAGGGCUAUCACCUCUAUGCCCUGGCCUGAGUUCAAUUCCUGGCCAGGGAGCUGACUCACAUGGCGAAGCAGACCUCCCCUGUCUCGCCUGCAGCUGCCCUCAGCAGUGGAUUUCAGUGGAUUCGCCUAUUCUGCUCCCCACUCUGUCUCUGGUGAUUCCUGUCACCCCCUGCACCUCUGGCCUACACCCCAGUUCUUAUAUGCAUAAAAAAAAGGCAAAAAUUUAGUGGAGAAAUAAAAAGAAUGAAACAAAUCCUGAAAGAAAUAAAUUUUGCAUGAUCACAGAAUCCAAAGUUGAUAUACAAGAAGUAUUAUUAGAUCUAGAAGCAGGAAAUUGAAAUGUAAAAUUUUAAAAACAAUUUCAUUUACAAUAACAUAAAAUACACUGGGAUAAAUUUAAGAGAAGAUAUAAGACCUUUACUCUGAAAACUAAACAACAUUGCUGAAAAGAAUUUUGAUACUUAAGUCCAUGGGGAGAUAUACUAUGUUCUUGGAUUGUAAGAUUUAAUAUUCCAAUGCAAUUGAAAUUAAAUGAUAUCUAUUCUACUAAAAUAGUCUAUAGCUUUAUGUCUUACCCUGGGUUAUUUCCAUCUCUUUGCCCAAGAAGGAAAAAAAAAAAUCAAAUAUAGGGGAAUCUAGGGCUUAACCUGUCAGGGGAAUUUUUUUUUCUAUUUUAGUUGCUUGCUUUUUUUCUUUUUUAAAUUAAUGGGCUUUCUUUUAAAGAGUAGUUUUAAGUUUACAGAUAAAUGAGUGGAAAGUACGGAGAGUUCCCAUAGCUACCUUCUUACCCUACCCCCCCACCCUGCCCUAUUAUUAACAUCUUUCAUUAGUGUGAUACUUGACUGUGAUCAGUAAGCCAAUGUGGAUACAUUAUUACUAAUUAUAACCCACUAAUACAUGAGGGUUCACUUCAUAGAGACUAGUCACUGCCCUAAAAAUCUAGGGGUAUUUUUGGAGUCUAUCUUGCACAAACAAUGCAUACAUUGUGGGUGAAUUUUCACAGGUGGGAUACACCUGGGAAACAGUUCCCAAUCAAGCUCACCCCCAGCCCCUCCAACCCC